AUGAAUUCUAAUCUGUUUCAGCUCAGAAUGGCCAUUGGAAAUAUCUCCGUUAUCGUGGCAAUAUUUAAAACUCUAUUACUCAACACUUGCGAAUCUGUGAGGGAAAAUUCAUUAAAAACCACCAACUCACGGCGUGAUGAUUUAGCCAAUCGAACUCUCUUAGACUUCACUGAUUCUAACACCAAUGCGUUUGAAAAUUGGAUUGAGGUAUCAGAUGGAGGGAGAUCUAAGGCUACACUAGUAAAACUUAAAGAACAGAAUUAUCAAUCAGCAAUUUUCUUUUUUCUUCUCGCCACACGAGAAAAUGGACCAAGCUUUGCUGGAGUUGACAGGAUACUAGCUGAUGAUGUUUUGCCAGCAUAUGACGGUGUCAUCAUUGACGUAUAUAGACAGGGUCCACAUUCUCAUUUCAGAUUGUUCUAUGGUGAAUGUUCGGAUACAUGCAAUUGUAUAUCUAACGAAUUAGUCUUCGAG